AUGAGGCUCACAUUGGGUCCCCUGACGUUCAACGCGUUGAAGAAAAGGAGAGUUGCCUUCGUUUUGCUCAGGAAGGAAGCCGCCCAGGCAUGGCACGUGCGGGAGCUGCGCGAGUGGUCGCUGUGCGGCCCCGCAGUGUCGAUGUUUACUCUCUUCCGCUUUGAGACGGCAAGCUCCACACAGCAACUGCCGGCCAUGGAGGCACACAAUUUGCAGGCCGCGUCGACGUAUGUCAACAAUAUCUUGCUGGCGAGAGGUCUGCUGAAGAGCGGACACCCGAUCUAUUUCGCCGACCCCGAAAAUGAGGAAGGGGGCACCGAUGCCACUAUGGCCCGGAUCAUCAACCUGGUCAAUGACCUGGUUUUGCGGAGAGAUCGUGAAGCCGACCACCGUGAGAGCCUCGCGACAACGAUCCGGGCGUUGCGCACGACCGAGUCGGAGCAAACCAUUGAGAUUGGCAAAAUGAAGACAAAAACCUCCGAACUGUCUCGAUCGCUCGCUCUGGCCGAAGCGCAAGAGCGCACCCUCAAGACAAACAUGUCGAAAGCCGAGACCACCAUUCGCGGAUUGAAGGAACAGGUUCAACGCAUGAAGACCACGGUUCAACAAGUGCGCGCGCAAUGCGCGAAUGACGUUCGGAAGCGUGACCUUGAGCUGCAGAAGCUCAAAUCGCAUCUUGCUGAGCGACAGCGGGGUAAACGCGAGGGCCUGAGUGUGACAACUAUCAACAUCAACCCCCAGGUCGAUCGGUCUCGACUGGGAGCGAGCGGCGGCGACCGAGUGAACGACCCUGCAUACAACCUCAAGGAGGAGACAACGGAGUUCUUGACUGAGCUCUGCCAGAACCUGAGCGACGAGAACGACACCUUGAUUGAAUUGGCGCGAAACACAGUUGAUACACUGAAGGAACUACAAGGGCUGCCACAGGGUGAGGAUGGACCUGGAGAUGAAGAGGGGUUUGCAAUGUGUACGAGUGUUGGCCCGAACAAGUCGUCUAGCGCGGUGACUUCGCUCCCAACGUCUUGCGAGGAAUUGUCUCAGCGCAUGCACGCUGUGCUGGACCACCUGCGCACUCUUCUGACCAACCCCUCGUUUGUGCCACUGGAAGAAGUCGAGGUUCGAGACGAUGAGAUUGCAAGACUGCGUGUGGGCUGGGAGAAGAUGGAGAACCGGUGGAGACAAGCUGUGUCCAUGAUGGACGGAUGGCAGCGACGUCUAGCUGACGGUGGUGGCUCUGUGCAGGCAGAGGAGUUGAUGCGAGGCAUUAACCUCGAUCUGAGUUUCACCUCGAAUGAGAAUGUGAGCAUGCAAAGCCGCGAAGGUGCACACACGAUCUCGCCGAUCUUGGAAGACCAGGAGGACGAAGCCAUGAACGAGGAAGAACAGCCCGAACCGGACUCAACAGUCCCAGAAACGAGAUCCAAGAUCCGUAAGGUGCCUGAACGAUCUGAUCGGGCCCUGAAGGAGCGCAAUGACAACGCGACGCUAGCUGCCAGGCCAAAGCGCCACCGGAAGGUAUCAUUUACCCCAGGCUUGCAGGGUUCUCCAUGCGAACCGAGUCCUGAUACAGACGAGACACUCCAAAUCAAGGCCCACAAAUCCGAAUCGGUCACCCAGAGGGCAUCUCGCCGGAAGACAGACCCAAAGUCCACUCGCCAGGCCGACGGGGCGGAACCCCGAAUGAGCGUUCGUCAAAAACUCGCCGCCGCCGAGGAUGAAGCUCGAACUGCCGAGAAAAUUCGCAAAGAAGGCGAGACCCGCAAGCGCAGUCGGCCUGAGAAGCCUUCCAGCCGGUCUGGCAAUCGACGACGAAGCACUCUUACCAGCGACGAGCUGGAGGAUCUAAUGGGCGUAUCCUCCCGGUAG